AUGUGCAAUGCCAGUCAAGAGGUUUCUUGGUGCUUUUCUUCAAGUUCAAGUAAUACUAGCGGGAGACAACAAGUCUUAUAUGAUGCCACCAACAGACUCAGAACAAACACAAGAAAGGGUAGAGAUGCUUUUCGAGGAAGGAUUGAUACCAAAGUGUCUAUGCCUUGCCAUAUAACUAAAGAAAAAUAUGUCCUAUCCACAAUGCACCAAGUUGUUAGGCAUCUGACAUCCAGGCCCAUUAAUGCUCCACAAAGGGAAAAUUUGUGCAUAGUUUGUCAUGCGUUGGGAUCUGAUUCUAAUGAGAAGCACCUGAGAUCAUUGGAUUCUUAUUUUGGGAAACUUCAGAACAAUGCUAAUCAGCCUUCUUCAUAUUCAUUGAACCAGGAAUCAAAGAAAUCAGAGUUACCCAAUACAAGUGGUCAAUUCAGAGCCAGAAAAGGACUGGGAGCUCUAGACGAUUAUCUUGGUAAACUGAAUGAAGAUGCAAAGUCAAAAAAUUAUGUGCCAUCUGCUUCUGAUGAUGAAACGACUAAUGCUGCACCAUAUCCUAUCAAGGGAAAUUCUGGAAGAGGCAGAGUAAAGAAACUGAAAAACUAUAUGGAGUUGAAAAAUAAUGAUGGUGAGAGUGGUCCAAAGAGUUCAGAAGAUGAAACGUCCAAUCUUUAUUUAAUAAGUAUUUUGGCUUCUAUAAACAUUGCAGUUUUUCUGUUUGAAAUAGCAAGUCCAAUUGGGAGCUCUGAUCUAGAGCUCUUUUCAGUCCCAUUAGUUUAUGGUGCAAAGAUAAAUCAUCUGAUCCUCAUUGGAGAAUGGUGGAGGCUAGUGACACCAAUGUUUCUGCACUCAGGAAUCCUUCAUGUGGCUUUUGGUUGUUGGGUGCUUCUUACUUUUGGACCUCAAGUUUGUAGAGCAUAUGGUUCGCUUACCUUUUUCUUGAUAUACAUACUUGGAGGAAUUUCUGGCAACUUAACAAGCUUUCUCCACACCCCAGACCCAACUGUUGGUGGGACGGGACCAGUAUUUGCCAUAAUUGGAGCUUGGCUUAUUUAUCAGAUUCAAAACAGUGAUAUUACUGGAAAGGAUAUGCCUGAAAGCAUGUUUCAGAAGGCAAUUAUUGCUACUGCUCUCAGCUGCAUAUUAAGCAAUUUUGGCCCGAUUGAUGACUGGACGCAUUAUGGUGCAGCUUUUAUGGGUAUAGUGUAUGGCUUUUUCACUUGUCCAACGCUGCAAAUGGAUGAUGCAUCCUCAAAAACUGGCCAGGAAGAACAAAUAACACUCGUUAGACGACAUGUUAAUCCUUCCUCUAUCGGUGCACAAGGGGGGUUUGAUGAUGAAUGCUGGCAUGGCAUGGGACGUAGGUGAUGAGAAGAUAUGGUUUACUGUCUCUAAAGAUUAAAAAGGCCAUGAGAGGUACCGUGUCUGAUCCAUGAAUCUCCGAUCGGAAUGUAACAGAGGAGUGGAGUCAUUCUCUUCAUCCUAAAAUUUUGUUUUGAUUCAAAUCCUUCCUCAACAUGGUGUCUUAAAAGUUUUAAAGAGUUUUCAAAAGAUUUUUUUGUAGAAUUUUUUGAAAUCAAUGAUUGGACCAUGCAAACUAAUCCUUAAUUUCGAUUUUGUUUACAUUUCUAGA